AUGGCCCACGCGGAAGCCACGGCAAACCGCAAAAUCCUAACGUUGAUCCUGCAUCAUCUCGCGGACAUAAGCGACAAGCGGCGUCAUCAACGCAGUCCGGAGUACCCCGUGGAGCUUCUGGAAGUCCGGCAUUCGUUGUUGCCUGCCAUCCUCGUCAACAGUCUCUGGGCUGAAGCGGGAACGUCCAUAGCAUGGAAGCAGACCCCUGAUGUCUCGGCACUCCGAUGGAUGCAACCUAGCCGACGGCAGAUAUACGCAAACAAAAUCGAGCAUGUGCAACUCUCCGAUGCAGCAGACGAGGGCGGCGAAGACUACGAGUACCUCAGGGAUCUUGAAUGGCCCAAAUUGAAGAGCCUGGAGGUGGAUCUUGACUGGCGGUUACAUCAGCAUCACCUUCGAGCGCUGUUGCAUGCAGAUCUGGAGAACUUGACGGUGACUGGUGCGCAGUCUGGAGGCUCAUCUUACGUCGCGCAAGUAACGCUGCCAGCGUUGUUCGGCCCUUGCCGGAAGCUGAAGCGCAUACAGUUUGGGCCUGACACCUUCAGUCCCCAGGAUCCGAUCUAUGCCAACCAGCUUGCCUAUCACUUCGACUUGCUGCCAGAGCUGGAGGAGAUCGAUGUCCUGAUGAGCAGCAUUGUAGGAAAGGAUUUCCUGUUCGGUCAUCUCAGCAAACGUUCAGGCUUGAAUUCUCUCGCCAUCGAUCUUGACCCCGGAUUGCGAUUGUUGCCGCUUUUCACUGGCCCAAAUGCGCUUCACAAACCGUUCGCAUCUCUUGAACGGUUGCAAAUCGUAUGCGACCCGGAAAUAGCGCUCGCGCUUCCUUGCCAUCUUUUUGCGCUCAAGGAACUGCGGCUUGCUGUCGAACGUCUGCCAAGCGGAGAGAUCCGACUUUCAGACCUCAGCAUUCUGGACGAUGUUGUGACGUCACUUCUUGCCUGCCCAAACCUCGAGCUGCUGGAGAUCAACGUGGGCAAUCUCGCCAUCGGUUUUCCUACGGCGCAGUUGAAUUUGCUAGUGAGUGGUACUGGUCUUGUCAAGCUUACCGCCUGUUGUCCGAAACUGCGCAGCAUCGAUCUUGCAGCUCUUGACCCGUCUGCUAUUGACGGUUCAGGCAUAUCCAGCGCACAUUUCGAAGAGUUCUGCAAAGGAUUACCGCAUCUGGAGGAACUGAGCUUGAAAAUGCAUCCUACAACUGCGACGAUACUGCAAACCACUGCUCUCCCAAGUCUUGCACGGCACUGCCCGAAGCUUGAGGUCCUGCGUAUGGGUAUUCCUUUGCAGCUACCUAACCUGCCCUUGUAUGGCACAACAAUCCAUCCCACUGUGGACGCCAGCGACCUCAUAACACCGCCUCAGACCAAAGAGGAGAGAAGACCUGACUCGCACCAGGCCAUGUCGAGUACCAUGAAAUUAAUCGCAGCCCUUGACACGCCAUCAGCAACGCCGCCCGCUGCCCUUGUCCCAAUGUUUUCGAACCUGACUCAUCUCUCCAUCGCGCGACCAGAAACCAUUCUCAGCAAGGGCCCUUGCGUCACCCUCGACGCUGAAGAGGACUUGAUCCACGCCUGGGCCCAAUCCAUUUUCACGCACUUCCCUCUUCUGCAACAACUCGAAGCCUGGGGCGACUGUACAGGGCGCGAUAGACGUUCUAUGACUUAUGUUCUGCCCAUGGAAGACGUUCUCGAGACAACAUGGGAAUUCUUGAGCGGGAUCGAGCAAUCGCUGUGGCAAGACGGAGACGAGGAAGGGGAAGUGGAUUUGUUGAGUCCGGCAUCACUUGGAGGAGAUGCGUAUGUGCUCAGCCCGGGCCCUUUCGAGAGGCUGGUGGUGUCUGACUGGGAGAUGGCAAGCGAUAUGAACGAAUAUCAUGCGCGGUGA